CACGGCAACAAACACAGCUGCUGAAAACGACGCCGCGCACAAAGCAAAGCGGAUUUUUUUUUUUGUUUUUUUUCCUCCUCUCUCUCACACACAUCAGGGCCGACAUGAUCAAGGAGACUCUCUGAGACCAAAGCCUACUGUCGCUCCUUUUUUUUAUUUUGUUAUAUAUAUAUUAUUAUUAUUCCCCCCUUUUCUUUUCCUCCUCCGAAAGCUGGAGCUUAAAAAAACUUGUUAUUCAAAUCCACCACCCCGCCCGCUGCACUCCACCCCUCUGUACCGCUGUACCCCAGCUUAGCUACCGAGAUGCACACGGAGGCUCGCAAUAAGAAAUGCCAGACGAAUCCUGAAAAAUCUAACGCUGCUACCUCAGAGCCCUCCGAGGAGAUGCCAUCCAUACAGAUCAAGCCUGAGCCAGAGGAGGUGGAGUGCACGGUGCAAGAGCCUGAGGACGACUGCCCAGAGCCGACAGACCUGAAGCUGAAGUCCUCUCCCCCUCCUCUCUGCAUCAUUAGCACGCACCCGGUCGACGCAGACCAGACCGAGCCCGUGGACCUGUCGCUUAACAAGCCCCGCCCCUCGCUACCUAUCGCCGUCACACACACGGCCACGCCAGUCAACCCUGCGCCGAUGACGGGUGGCAUCAGCACCAGCACCACCCUCCCGGCCGUCCUGGCGUCCCCGGGCUCCAUUCUGACUCAGGGUGUCGGAGGACAGCAGAUCCUACACGUCAUCCACACCAUCCCUUCAAUGAACGUUGCAGGCAAAGUGGGCCAACUUCAGACCAUCCCCGUGGUUGUACAGUCUCUGCCCGUUGUCUACACAGCCGUGCCCGCUGAUGGAGUGCCCGCUGCCGCCGCUGCCAUCACCGUGCCCCUUAUUGGCACAGACGGCCGCUCCGAAGGGUCAGUGCGAAUUAAGCCUGGCUCGACGUCUCCGGUGGAGUACCAGAGUGACAGCGAUGCAGAGAGCGGCACAGAGUCCGGAUCAGCUUCCUUCAGAACGCAGAGCAUGGACAACAGCUUAAGCACAGACGUGGACAUCCAAGCAGACCCCGACUCGCCUGACAUGAAGAGACGACGAGUGCACAUGUGCGACUACGACGGCUGCAACAAAGUGUACACCAAAAGCUCUCACCUGAAAGCUCACCGCAGAAUACACACAGGAGAGAAACCGUAUCAGUGUACGUGGGAGGGCUGCACGUGGCGUUUCGCCCGCUCCGACGAGCUGACACGUCACUUCCGCAAGCACACGGGCAUCAAGCCGUUCCGCUGCACUGACUGCGACCGCAGCUUCUCCCGCUCCGACCACCUAGCCCUUCAUCGGCGCCGCCACGUCAUGAUGUGAGCCCGGCUCGGUUUUAGCCCCGCCUCCUCUCCUCCCGUUUACUCCUCAGGAGACUCCGCCCCCUCUUCCCCUCCCCAUCUAUCCCCCCUUCCCCCCAGCAGAAAGGGCUGAGAGAACUGUGAAGCUGUCCCUUUCCUUCCUCUGAACUGCAUACGAUGAAGAUAACGCUGCAUGUCUUUGGGGUUCUUGUACCCACAAAGUCACGUAACACGCUUCAAAUGAAACAAAAAAAAAAAAAGAAAUCUGCUCAUCCGUCCAGUCCUCAUUUAUACCAGGUUAUGCUGUUUAUACGAACGCUCGCUUCAGCAGGGAAGCCGCCGAUCCAGUGAGAUGCAGCACUGAGAACAGACUGAAGGGGUGAGGGUUCGUCUGGAAGAGACGAGAAGAGAAGAGACCAGACGAUGGAGAGAGGGCACGAGAAGAGAAUUAAUAAGUUUUUAACCACGAGUUUACAAAGUCUCUUCUGAUCAUUUGAGUUAUAUCUUUUACCUGAACAUUUUAGUCUUUUUAGACAAGAUUUUGUUUUUUGUUUGUUUGCAUGAACUAACUCUGUUGUUUUGAGAUGUUUGAAUGGUUGUGUGUGGCCGAAUGUUAACUUACUUUUUUUUUUCCUGUUUAAAAUUAAUUCUUACUCGCUAUUUUUACGAACAAACGUUCGCCGUUACGACUUUUAUCAGCUUUCCAUCCUACGCCACCACCCGAGAGGAAGAGAGCCAAGACUGUGAAGUUUUUAGAAUUCCAUUUGUAAAAAUUGGCUAAUUCUUUUUUUUUUUUUUUUUUUUUUUUUUUUUUUUUGGGAGAGAGAGAGAAAGAAAGAAAGAGAGAGAGAGAGAAAAGGUCAAGGCCUCACUUAAAGGUUUUCAGCAAGUUAUGGAGUUCCAGAACUUUCUGGAAAUUUCGUGCUGCGAAUUUCGCACCCGAGCAUCUUCCACGAAAUACAAAAAACAAAAACAAACAAACAAAACAAAAAAAGACACACAAAAUAUAUUUGGCUUGGUAACAGUAUUUAUAAUAUACAUAAAUCUAUAUAUAUAUAUAUAUAUUUUUAAAAUCCUUUUUAUUUGAGUUCUGCCAAUUUGAUAUAAUUAUGAAUUGUUGGAUGUACUUUCUCACUUGAGGCUGUGAAAAAAAAAAAGGAAUAGAGUUCAUCCAAAUGGGACUAGGAUAGAAAAUAGGGGCGUAUGAUAGCCGUGUGUGUGUGUGUGUGUGUGUGUGUUUCUAAGAAACAUAAUCAGAGGUUUAAUAGUAGAGGUGUGUGUUCUAGGCACAGAUAGUUGACGCCCGUCAGAGCCUUAAUUGAAGUAAAUGUGCAACUCGUGUUUUUGCGCAUCUCGUUCUUCUGAGUUCCUCAGGGUUCUGGGCUGGGACCCCUAGUAAAGAAAGGCACCAUUAAAAAAAAAACAAAAAAACAACCAUCUCGAACAGUUUAAGCUCCAGCCCUGGUUUCACUCGAUUAUGCAGAAGUUAGACUUGGAUCCUUGGACCUUCCCCUUGACCUUCAUGCGAUUAUUUAAAUAAAAUAAUUAAAUUUAAAAAAAACAAACAUAGAGCACAGUCCUGUUCAGAGAGGAAAGUUUUGGGUUUUUAUUUUUCGAUCCCUUUCGCGCUAGCACUCAUUAAUUAUUAUGGUCAUGAUUUCCGCCGCUAGCAGAUUCUAAAAGAGGUGCGUUUUAGCCUUUUUGUUUCGUUUCAGAAGCUAGAAACGCAGCUUAUCCGAUUCCAGCCUUCCAAGAGUUGACCGCAGCAAAAAUAAAAAAAAAAAUAAAAAAAAAGAAUAAUAAAAAAAUAAAAUAAAAUAAAAUCUUCGACCCAGUGCAAUCUCCAGACGUCAGAUCUAUCGUUCUAUUCUCUUGCUUCAACUCGAAACUUAAGCACAUCUUUGUAGAAAAGUAUAUGCAUUCGAAUGCGAUCUUUCUUUCUUUUCUUUCUUUUUUUUUUUU